AGAUAAUUAAGGAUGAAUAAUUAAUGUUUAUAAUAUUUUAUGGCUAAAAACGCCCAUAUUUUGCAUUUUUUCAAUAAAUAUACGACAGGAAAAGAACUCGAUACAAUUAAACACGUUUGCUCCAUUGUGAAAGGUUAUCUAACCAAUAAGUAGAUAUUCCAAAUUGUGAUUGGAUAAGUUGUUAUGUUAUCCAAAGUGACAGUUAAUAUUAUUAGGAGAUCGGUGUGUUACAAUGCGCGUACACUUUGUCGCCUACGAGAUCCUUUACAAUCAAAUCUCUUUUGUAAUGGCGAUGCAAAACCAAAUAGUGUACAAAAUCAUUGUCACUUGUACAUAGCAAAAAGAUUCAAAUCCAAAGAGAAGGCUGCUAAUAUUAAAAAAGAUGAGAAUGAGGAUUCUGACGAGGAAAAAGAAAAAGAUGAUGAGAAGGAAACUCUCAUAGGUUCAAAAGUUGUCAAAGUAAGAAUAUCUUCUAUUCGAUUAGAUACCAUUUCCAAAGCUGGAUUUGGAAUCUCUCGCAAUAAAAUUGACGAGGCCUUUUAUUCAAGCAAGAUUCGUAUAAAUGGAAAUAAAGUAUUAAAGAAAUCUAAAGAGAUGAAAAUAGGAGAUGAAAUCGAUUUAAUUUUACAUCAAAGUAUGGAUAAUCCUGGAUUGCUAGUUGUAAACAGAAUUGUGAUAUUAUCAAUGGAUCCUGUGAAUGACAGUAUACAAAUGAAAUUAUCUGUAGAUAAAAACUUACUAAUUGAAGAUUAUGAGGAUUCAUAUUUAUAA